AUGCGACUACAAAGCAAGACGUCGAAGCUAGCACAGAGAAACGAAAUGAAAAUGGAAAUUAAGAAAGAAUCACUCGAAGUACGAAGAGUAGCUGAUAAAAGAUUCUCGAGAGGAAAAUCGCAAAAGCUAUACUCGUUUAGAAAUCGCGAAAACCCAAGAAAACCCGUGAAUGACGUGAAAGAGAACAAAACCCGGCCUGCGCGAAGUGUGGUCGUGACAAAUCACAUUCUACAUGCCCAGCUGCCGAAAAAGAAUGUUUCAAUUGUCGAAAGAUUGGUCAUUUCCGUGCACAGUGUUUCUCAAGAAAGCCCGACAGCAGAUCGAAGCAAGUAA